AUCUUGUGCUCCCUCUUGGAGCCUGUGGCUGUUGAUACCGGGGUCGCGGAGAGUCCUGCGUGUUGAGCACGUACUCUGUAACGGGGCUCGUCCCUGGAACCCGGACGGGGUCCUGGAGCUUCCGACUUCCUCUAGGGAGGCGAGUGAUGCUUGUAAGAUUCUUUGGGAGCCCUGGAAACAUGAGCAGCAAGAAACUAAGACGAGUGGGUUUAUCUCCAGAGCUGUGUGACCGUUUAAGCAGAUACCAGAUUGUUAACUGUCAGCACUUUUUAAGUCUCUCCCCACUAGAACUUAUGAAAGUGACUGGCCUGAGUUACAGAGGUGUCCACGAGCUUCUUCAUACAGUAAGCAAGGCCUGUGCCCCGCAGAUGCAAACGGCUUAUGAGUUAAAGACACGAAGGUCUGCACAUCUCUCACCGGCAUUCCUGUCUACUACCCUGUGCGCCUUGGAUGAAGCAUUGCACGGUGGUGUGCCUUGUGGAUCUCUCACAGAGAUUACAGGUCCACCAGGUUGCGGAAAAACUCAGUUUUGCAUAAUGAUGAGUGUCUUAGCUACAUUACCUACCAGCCUGGGAGGAUUAGAAGGGGCUGUGGUCUACAUCGACACAGAGUCUGCAUUUACUGCUGAGAGACUGGUUGAGAUUGCGGAAUCUCGUUUUCCACAAUAUUUUAACACUGAGGAAAAAUUGCUUCUGACCAGCAGUAGAGUUCAUCUUUGCCGAGAGCUCACCUGUGAGGGGCUUCUACAAAGGCUUGAGUCUUUGGAGGAAGAGAUCAUUUCGAAAGGAGUUAAGCUUGUGAUUGUUGACUCCAUUGCUUCUGUGGUCAGAAAGGAGUUUGACCCGAAGCUUCAAGGCAACAUCAAAGAAAGGAACAAGUUCUUGGGCAAAGGAGCGUCCUUACUGAAGUACCUGGCAGGGGAGUUUUCAAUCCCAGCCUUGCUUCUCAGUCCACGCUGAUCUUGGAAUUGUGAUCUUCCUGCCUCUUCCUCCCGGAUUCUGGAAUUACAGGCAGGUGACAUCAUGAUUGGCUUUUAAUUUUUCUUUCUGAAUUUUUUUUUUGCCCUACUUUAUAUCUGGCAGCCUUAUUGCAUACAAGUAAAACCUGACAGAAUACCAUAUGAUGUCAUGUUUCCUUCUUGAUCUUUUUUUAAACCUUAAUGAUAAAAUAAUAGCCAAACCAGAGUGUCCUGUCAUAAUUAUAUUGUUUGCAAAUGUCAUUUUCAAGGGUACACAUUUGAUUUAGAAACUACUUUGCCUAUAUUUUCUGCUAUUCAUGGCACUGGAUGACCACACACUUGAAAUAUUCCCUGGCUAAAGCACCAGCAUCCUGGAGGUCAGUGUAGACAUGACUCAUGGUUUGAUAGAAUGCAGUCAGGUUGAAUAUGACUCUUAUGUGGCUGUAAGCCCAGGAUACGAUAUGAAUUCAUACAUUGCCUUUCUUUUGUAAACAUGAUAUUCAAGUCGGUUUUCUUUUUUUGAGGGCUUUGGCACAGUGCUGGGGAGAAGUAUGAGUGUCCUACCCAAAGCAUUCUAGAACAGGAAGCAACAUUUUCUGAGGGAAAUGAGGAGCUUAGUAGACAGAAGAUAAAAUUUCCACUGAAGAUGGUUCUUUUCCAUUGGCGUCCUCACUGAGUAUUCCAGGGGUGUGGCUGGGAAUCCUCUGCUGCAUGCCCCUCUGUUGAGAGUGAUUGGAUAAAGAAACCAGUUAUUUGGGGCCUGAUGUGUAGACAACAAGGAGCCACAGUUCUGGAUGUGGUAUUUGGCUCGGGCAUCCUUACUAGUGAUGGAAAUGUGGGGCUGGAGGGAAAGUAGACUGCAUUUUAGACUCUUAUCAGUUGAAUGCUGAAUAUCCCUGUAGACAGUGCCUGCUAAGUUGUUGGCAUACUUGGGAAAAGUUCUAUAUCAUAGCCUCAGUCUCUAGUACCACUUAAAUCUCAAUUUUUUUGUCACUUAUAUAUUUAUUUACUUAUUUACUUAGUUAUUUAUUUAUUAUACUCCAUAUUUUAUCCCCCCCCCUCAAUCCACCCUCCGACUGUUCCACAUCCCAUACCUCCUCCCCACCCUCCUGGCUCCACAUGGAUAUCCCCACCCUCCACCCAACCUGAUCUCUAAAUUCCCUGGGGCCUCCAGUCUCUUGAGGGUAGCUGUAUCAUCUCUGAAUGAACACAGACCUAGAAGUCCUCUACUAUAUCUGUGUUGGGGGCCUCAUAUCAGCUGGUGUAUGCUGUCUGUUUAGUGGUCUAGUGUUUGAGAGACCUUGGGGGUCCAGAUUAAUUGAGACUGCUGGUCCUCCUACAGUAUUGCUCUUCUCCAUCUCAGCUUCUUUUAGCCUUCCCCUAUUCAACAACAGGGCUCAGCUGCUUCUGUCCACUGGUUGGGUGCAAAUAUCUGCAUCUGACUCUUUCAGCUGCUUGUUGGGUCUUUCAGAGGGCAGUCAUGAUAGUCCCUUUUUGUGAGUGCUCCAUAGCCUCAGUAAUUGUGUCAGACCUUGGGACCUCCCCUUGAGUUGGAUCCCACUUUGGACCUGUCACUGGAUCUUCUUUUCCUCAGGCUCCUCUCCAUUUCCAUCCCUGUAAUUCUUUCAGACAGGAAAAAUUAUGGGUCAGAGUUGUGACUGUGGGAUGGCAACCCCAUCCCUCACUUGAUGUCCUGUCUUCCUGCUGGAGGUGGGCUCUAUAAGUUCCCUCUGUAUUGUCCGACAUUUCAUCUAAGAUCCCACUCUUUGAGUCCUGAGAGUCUCUCACCUCCCAGGUCUCUGGUGCAUUCUGGAGGGUUCUCUCAACCUCCUAUUUCUUGAGGUUUCCUGUUUCCAUUCUUUCUGCUGGCCCUAAGGGCUUCAGUCCUUUUCCCUCACCCAAUACCAGAUUAGGUUCCCCUUUCCUCUCAUAUACCCCCUACCCCUGUCCACUUUCCCUCCCAGGUCCCUCCCUCCUUCCCCACUUGUGAUUGCUUUCUUCUCUCUCCCAAGUGGGACUGAGACAUCCUCACUUGGGCACUUCAGCUUGUUGACUGAUGGGAUAUAGAACUAAUCCGAGAAUUUACAGCUGAGAAGUUCUAAAGAAAUGUUCAAAGUCCUUAGUGAUCAGAGAAAUGCAAAUCAAAGUGACCCUGAGAUUCCACCU